GACCGACCCCCCCACCACUGACAGAAAAAGAAAGAAACGUAAACACGGUCAAAUUUAUAGAAAUUGGUCUGCUAAUUUCUGUUUUAAUUUUAAUCUGAAUAAUUUCUGUCAAAUUAUAUUUAAAGAAACUCAAUUAAUACUCAAAUAAAUCAUACAUGUGAAGCAAUUAAGUUGACUGGUAGCAAUCAAUAAUAAAAGUCAAGAAGAGAAGUUGUUUUACACAGCCUGACGACUCAUCCUCUGUUUAAUAGCGUUUAAUAUUAUCUAUAUGUCAUUACAAUAACAGAUCGACUACAUUUAUUGUUUAAACUUGGUGCGGUCAAUGAGAAUGAUCCGCAUUGAUUGAGUUCAAAGAUAAUAGAGAUCCCAAAAAUAUAACCUAUUAAGUACCAUGGAUGAUUUGUACAUUGCAGUUGUAUGUUCAUCUAACAUGAAUCGCAGCAUGGAAGCUCAUGCAUUCCUUGUAAAGAAAGGAUUUAAAGUAAAAUCUUUUGGUACAGGUGAAAAGGUCAAACUCCCUGGAGCAUCUGCUGAUCGCCCCAAUUGUUAUGAGUUUGGAAUACCAUAUGAUGAUAUCUAUAACGAUUUGUUGGAAAAGGAUAAAUCAUACUAUACACAAAAUGGUUUGCUACAUAUGCUAGACCGCAAUAGAAGAAUCAAACCUAGCCCAGAAAAAUUCCAAGUAUCAACAGAACGAUUUGAUGUAAUUAUUACAUGUGAAGAAAGAGUUUAUGAUCAAGUUAUUGAAUGGUUUGGGUCAAGAAGAUCUGUGUUUAACCAGCCAGUACACGUUAUUAACAUUGAUAUUCAAGAUAAUCAUGAAGAAGCAACUAUAGGAGCCUUUUUGAUCAGCGAUAUGGUCACUAAAAUGGCUCAAAGUGAUGAUCUAGACAAUGAUAUUGAUGAAUUGUUGCAUGAUUUUGAAGGAAAAUGUCAAAGACCAAUUUUGAAUUGUAUAAUGUUUUAUUGACAAUUAUUUUAUCACACCCAAAACAUUAUAAAUAAACCUAGAUGCACCUUCCUAUAUUAUCCUUCCUACAAAAGAACCCCUCAAGUUCUAUGAAUUAAUGUCUCAAAACACUUUUAUACUUUUAAUUACAUUAGUUUUAUGACAAGGUGUAUUUUACAGCUGGAAUUGAAGUGUGAUAAGGUAAACUUUUUAAUAGCCGUUUUCAGUAUUUUGUUUACAGGGCAGGUUGGCAUAACAUUAAAUGGUAAUAAUGGUAUUGGUGGAUAUGUAGAUAUGAAAUUUUCCCUUCAAGCCCAUUAUCUGUUCACCUUUUGUGAUUAUCAUAUAUAUUUUCAUGCUGCAUGCUGUUGUAAUCUCUGUAUCCAAUUUCGAAAACGUUCAAAUUUAUGCAUAUUACGCAUCCACGUAGAAAAAUACGCCAUCGCGCAUUCAAAAUAAUAAGUAAAUUCCAUGACAUGUGACAAGACUAAGGACUACUGUCCACCGAGGCGUCGCAUCAUAAGCGCAUAUUCGUCAUUAUAAGCUUGGGAGUAUGUAUGCUUGCUUGCAGCUUACAUACAAGUAACUCCCUAUUUUUAUCAAGUAGGCUCCCUAUUUUUUAUCAAUUUUAACGUUCUUAAGUGCCAAAUACUGGCCAAAAUUUAAUAAAUAGGUAUUUUUUAUUUGAUAUGAAACACUGUCUACAUUGCUCCAACGUCACACUCGCGUCGCGACAGUGUUUCAGUUUUGUAUGCAGCAAUGAAGCGUAGGUACUUACACCAAGUGUAUGAUAACGAAUACGCGCUUAUGUUCACUAAUCCCCGUUGACGGGGAUUGUCAACGGGGAAUAGUAGAUUAAGCCAUAAACCGGCUAAGCGACGCUUCCGUGGACAUUAGGCCUUAAUAUAGACGCCCCCCACCCCGCUGUCCGCAGGCGCUGGCAUAGGCAAGAAGACGCGACGCGUUCGAAACACGCAAGUUUGGAGGAGGCCUUAAUGCCACGCAGCAUUGUCAGUCUUCCGAGUUCAGGUAGGUACCGAUAUUAGACACGAAAAAUUUGUAGAGCAAUCGUGUUGGACUUGCUACCGCGUGAUGUACCUACUUACCUAAGUGAGGUGCUGAUAUCGCUACCUACAUUGAAUCACUACGUGAAUAUCACAGAAAACGCCUAAAUAUUUAAAACUCCGGUUAUUAUACGUACCUACUAAAUGUUUCGCUAAUUGUGACCAUCAAGUCCGUAAUUGAGUUCAGUGAGUGUUAAAUGUUAAUCUAAUAUUCGUUUGGUUUUUCGAGAGCAUUUUACGAUCGCUUUGCUAGGGCUACGCCCG